UGUAACCUGAGGAAGAGAAGCGAUCAUCUAGACGUUGUUUGCAAUGGGUUAAAUUUUGUCAGUUACAUUUGUGUGUCUGUGUGGUUUAUUCCAAAAUGGCCAUGGAUACGUAUCCCUUAAAUUCUGGAUAAAAUGGAAACUAUUGUUUUAAUGCGUAUAUGGAAGCUCGAUCAAUCAGCGCCGUAAUGAUGUGCACUGCUGUUACCAGUAGUCCCUCGCCCCCUCGGCCUGUAAAUUCGGCUUCUGCUUCCAAAUCAUACGAUUAUUUACUGAAAUUUCUCCUCGUCGGAGACAGUGAUGUUGGAAAAGAAGAAUUAUUGUCAGGGAUGGAGGACGGAGCGACUGAAUCACCCUACGGAUACUCAAAUUGUGGAAUUGAUUAUAAAACGACAACGAUUCUGUUGGAUGGCAAAAGGGUCAAGUUGCAACUUUGGGAUACAUCUGGACAAGGGAGGUUUUGUACCAUCCUAAGAUCUUACUCACGAGGGGCGCAGGGAAUUCUGCUGGUGUAUGACAUAACAAACAGGUGGUCGUUUGAUGGCAUUGACAGAUGGAUCAAGGAAAUUAACGAGCAUGCACCGGGUGUACCCAAGAUCCUGGUCGGAAAUCGUCUUCAUCUUGCCUUCAAACGCCAGAUCAGUGAAGCUACGGCAGAGGCUUAUGCCAUCAAGAAUGACAUGGCUUUCUUUGAAGUUAGUCCACUGUGUGACUUCAAUGUAACUGAGUCAUUCGCUGAACUGUCUCGACUCGCUCUCAAAAGAAAUGGCAUGAGUCGGGCAUGGGGACACAAUAAAGUUUUGAGUCUUCAAGAAUUAGCCUGCAGGACGAUAGUUUCUCGGACUACCAUAUAUGGCAUUGAACAACUUCCUCUCCCACAUGCAUUGAAAUCCCAUCUGAAGUCAUACGCACUGACGAACAAGACAAGGGCACGGAUGCUUAGUUUUGUGCACAGAGACAAACACAAAAAAGUGAAAUAUUUAAACCCUUGUGACUCUCCACCAAUGAACUGCCGAAAGAGCUGUUGCAUCAGCUAGCACUGAACCCUGUUCUUUCUGUGUCGUCAUUUCAUUCAAGAGUUCAUUCCCCUGAUGACCUUCACCUCAUUGCUGUCUCAUCGUUGUUGUCAUAUGACUGUUUUCAUUUGCAUCAUUUCAAGCCAGCUGAGCUUCGUUAUGCAUCAGCGCUUGCAAGCCAAUUUAUUUCAUCCAUGUUCGUGCUACAGCUGUGAUUUUUGUUUGCUUAUUUUCACUAUUUUUUUUGUACAGUUUUGUAUGUGAAUGUAAUAUGUUCGAAGGGACAGAACAUCAAUAAACUGAAUUGAACCACAUGCUCAUAAGGACUAUGAAGAAUUGGGAAUAACAAAACCUUGGUAAUAACCUACCUCGAUAAUCAAGUGCUAUAGGAAUAGAUUAUAAUCAUGUGUAAAGUUCCAUUUUUUUUGUGUUGAUGUGAGGAAAACGACUAUUCAAAGAUGACAAUCUUUUGCAAAAGUUCCACUGAUAUGGAACCAACUGGGUCUAUCUGUUAAUCAUUUUGACCCUCAGAUCCCAGCAGUUCAGCAGAAUUUAUUCAGGCAUUGCUGAACACAUGAAUAGGGUAAACCUGUUAGUGUAUUUAGUCCAGAUGAUAUUUUUCCUGGCCCGUGAAGAUUCUUGGGUAGAAUAGGUCUUCAGCAACCCAUACUUGAUGUAAAAGGCGACUAUGCUUGUCGUAAAAGGUGACUAACGGGAUCGGGUGGUCAGUCUCACUGACUUGGUUGAUACAUGUCAUCGAUCCCAAUUUCGUGGAUUGAUUCUCAUGAUGUCAAUCACUGGAUUGUCUGGUCCAGACUCGAUUAUGUCACAGACUGCCGUCAUAUAGCUGGAAUAUUGCUGAGUGCGGCGAUAAACAACAAACAAACAAAAUGAUAUUUCUCCUGCUUAUGACAACAUAUGUUCAAUUUCACUGUCUGUGGACUAAAGGGAGGUAACUAGCUGUUUAGCUGUUACCAAGUAUUUUUAUGUUAGUGAGAAAACUAUAUUUCAGCUUGGGAUUCUAACAACAUGAAACCUCUUCCGUUUUGCACCAGGUUACAAAACAACAUCAGCGCUACGACUAUUGUAAGUCUAUGUUCAAGUAUGGGAGUUACGAUCAUCUUAGCGCAAAGAUCGCUUUGUACAGCAGCACCCAGAUAGGUUUAGGGCACUUUUGGCUGACUGACUGAAAGUAGUUGGGGUGAUUUUGAAUCCUUAACAUUGUUGAAACAGACCUUUUGACCAGGUUGAAACCUGGGGUUGACUUCAAGAUGAGCAUUAUGUUUAGAUAAUGACUGUAAUUGUCCACUGACAGUAUUCCCACUGUGUUUGGAUGGUCAGUGACUACUAUCAGUUUUAGGAAAGGGCUAAAGUCAGUUGCUGAAGUAGUAAAAUAUCUAUGUUUAGACCUAAAUUUGCUUACUGCAUAGACCUGUUGGAACACAAUUCAAAUGUGGUGGUAGUAAGAAUAUUUAUGAUGAAACUAUGACAAGAUCUCCAGAUGAUUUAACUUACACGAACCAAAGAUGAGGCUAGAAAAAUGAAAAUGAUUGGUUCUCAAGCAAGGCUCGACCAUUUAGAAAUUGGUGCAGACUGCAGAAUAUUUUUAGAAGAUGACAAGAGUUACUUUGAGACCAGAUUAUUAUUUAUCAAUCAACAGCAGAAAUUGUAUGCUUUCUUGGGUGAGUUUGCUCUUGCUUGAGAACCAUAAAGAUUGAUUAUUUUAGCUUUGCUUCAUAAGAUCAUGGAGGACUCCCUGCUCAAUAGUAGAUUUUGUUUGUCAGUAUUUUCACCUUAUGCUUAUUGAAUUAAUAUUUCUUUGCAAUUUGUCAAAGAGAAAUUUUGUAAAUGAUAAGGCUUCCAGAUGUAUAUCUCGUCAGCAGCAUAUUUCUGAAGGAUCUACUUGUAUUGGCACUGUUAGUAAAGAAAAGUCAUCAUUACAUAAAAACAAGUAAGAUAGUCUUUGUUUUCAAAGGGUUUAUGGGUUUUUGAAAAUGUCUAUCUUGAUGAGAUAAGGUACUAUUUUCUGAAUCCCAUUGUGGACGAUGAUAGUGUACAUCAGUUUUCUACAACUCGAACUGCUUCAUCAGUAUUUCAAUCAUUGGAUUUGGCUUGUCAGGGUAUUAUCAUCUAGAAAAACAAACAAAACAAAUUGACCAAGACUGCCCACAUGCAGUACGUACCGAUACACAAUUCAAGAUACACCUGUUGCCUUAAAGAACCAUGGACUCCAUGACUAUUAGCUUACCGGGUAUUUUGAAGUAUGAGAGCUACCACUGUCAUAGUGCUAAGAGAGUUUUAUGAAACAGGGGAUUUCGGGAGAAGUAAACUUCUUUCGUUCUGAGUACAAUUUCAUAUUUAAUAGUCAUUUUUAUUGUGUUAUGUUAAUUUGCACCUGAAACGCUUCAUUUCUUGAGGUUGUGUUAAGCUUGUUAGUGGCAAUAUUUGAAACUGUGAGAUAUUGGUUGUAUAGUAUUGAAGGAGUUUGUUGAGGGUGGUGCUAAAAGCAGAAACAAGUCUGUGCAGGCUCUCUGUAAGUAACAUGCUGAAUUAGAAGUUGACAUCUUAUUGUCAUUACAAAUAACAUCGUUCUGAAUUGAUGGAUCAGGAUUGAAAUUAGUCUAUUAUUUCUUAAAAUAUUUUAGUUUUUUUAAAAAUACAUUAUCAUCAGUGUUUAAUGAUAUCAGAUGAUUAUUAUUGUUAAAUGAUUAUUUGGAUAUUCAUUUAAAACCAGUGUAUUACCAAAAAUCUAAAUGUGAUGCUUACUCAAAAACUUGGAAGUGCAGUCUUGAUUUUGCAACAGCCUUGAUGAAAUGUAUUCUAUUGAAGACAUUACGUUGAAGUGGUCUUCACUUACUCAAGAUGGACACCUCCAAAACUGCUCAACAGAUGUGUAACUGCCCCGUAACGUGGUUUGAUUCCCGAAAAUUGUCAGAAUAUUUUGUUUAAUUAGGCUACAAUAUAAAAGCAAGCUGCUCUCAGGCAGCUGUAGAAGCUGGAUGGUACACAUGUAGGUGCAAGUGAGUGAGUGAGUGAGUUGGGUUUAACGCCGCUUUUAACAGGAUUCCAGUUAUAUCGCGGCGUGUCAGCUUAAUGUGGGAGGAAAGCCCGAAGUGAUGCAGGUCUCAGACAUUUACCACUUCGGUGAAACCCACGAGCACGGGUAUGGUGCUGACAAACCUAGAAACAUAAUCGGGGCGAACCGGGAUUCGAACCCACAAUCAUAGGUUUCUGGCGUGCCCAAGGGACGCAACUCUGCACAGCGAAUCGCGGCGCCUUAGACGACUGGGCCACCCGUGCCCCCCUCUAGGUGCAAGAGUGUUGCUAUCUGGAAGUGAGAGUAAGAUGCUCUCCUACAGUGUGUUGUUCUCCUACUCCAGCGCCCUGUUCCAGAAAGUGACUGUAGUGCUAUGGCUCUCCACGUCCAUGUUCAGCUAUGGGAACUUGGGAAGGUGUAGCUCAACAGCAGCUUUGUGAAACCAGGCCUAGGCUCUCAGACCUGAUAUUACUUUUCUUUUACCUUAUGGUUAAUAUAUUUUGCUUUUUGUGAAUCAUUGAAUUUUGGUUGCCAGAUGUUUUUUAAUUGCAAGCUUUAUCAAAUGUAUCGUAAAUGCAUCAUCUCAUUCUAGCUGUGUAUUUUCUUUUGAAUAUUUCUUUUAUGAAUUGUAACAAAAAAACUGGUCAGUACCAUACAAUAAGAUAUUAAUGACUGUUGGUUGAUUGUGUGACUGGUAACACUUUGUUGGAAUCGAUUGAACUGUUCAAGUACCAGUAGCAUUAAACACAGAGUAAGUUCGCUGAUACACACCCUGUUCAUCUGCAGUGAUGCAUUGCUUCUACAGCCUUUCUUGAAGACUUUGUUUAACUGGUGCUUCUUUUUCAUUGUAUUUGAAUCUCACUUUUGGUCUUGUAUUAGACAAUGCUGAACCCUGUUGAUUUCCUGACUUGAUUAAUCAGUUUGUGCUUGACUUGUGUAUUUAUUUGGAUCCAAAGGACUUUUGAAGUUUCUACUUCCCUUUCUUCUCUGUUCAGUGAUUUAUAGGAACAGCCAAAAGUCCUCAUAAUUGUAAAGCUUGGACAUAGUUUAAUGAAUACAUGUGUGUCGGCGAAACGUUCACUGUAUUUUGCCCUAUGAAUUAAUCAUCAAGUACAAAGUGAAAGUUUCAUUUUAAUCUUGAGAAAUUUGAUUUGUGAUCUGAGAACAUUAGUCAUUGUAAAGUAAAGUAGUCUGUGAUUAUGAUUAAUGACUCCUUGUUAAGACUAGAUACAUAAUUCAUUCACAGUGACAUCCAUUGAAGAGGACAUAUUCAUCAAACUGCUGAUGUUAAAUUCUUUUCCCUUUUACAAACAGUUUUCACCUUUCCUAUUUAUUUUCCUGUCUUCCUACAUUGAAGUGCUGUUACUAACUGCAAAGCUUUUCCUCAACAAGCAAGGAUGUGUCAGUAUGAGUUAGCUCCCUUUGACCACAUGUGACAUGAACCAGCUUGGUUUUAUCUGCUCAUGAUAUUUAAUGUAUCCUUCACCAAUCUUGGCCUUACGUGACUGUAGGAGAUGAACUGUUGAUAAAAUAUGUCCUGAAGAUGAUUAUGUAAUAAUGAUUCAUCAUGAAGGAAUAUCUGUCAGAUAAGGUAAAUUAAUAUAUUAUAGAUUUAUUUGGUCAUUGGAUAUACGAAUGUAAUCUGAAAAAGAUUCAGUUUGAUAUUACGGGAGAUAUUAUAUCAUGCAGUGUAUAAAGUGAAUAUUGCCAGUAUUUUUCAAAGUUAUGAGUUAAACUUUGAGUAAGUGCCAAUGUUUUUUAGUUCUUUUCAGUGAAUUGAAUUGACAAAUUUAAAUGAUUUUUAAUAUGCUUUGAUAUUGAGCAUUCAAAAUUGAUCAUCAAAAAGUUCUUCCUUUAGCUUGAUUUUGAAUGAAAUUUCAAUCUUUGAAAUCAAGUAACUUUUAUACUUCACAUCCAAGGACGUUAUCCGUUGAGGUAACUUAUUAUGAACAAUGACCUUGACCCGUGUGUUAACUAAAUCAGGAAUAUGCCUUGUUUGGAUUCUCAUAUAAAGUUAUUUUCCUAUUUUGGAUUUAUGUUUUUGUACAGAUGUAUAGGUAACUGCUCAAAUUGUUUGUAAUUGUUGGUUUGAUAAGAUGUGGUUUCCCUGUGUGAACUCUGACCUUUGGUAACCAUGGUAAUAUGCCUCGGAACCAGCUGACCGCUGCAUUCUCAACCCUAACCUGUUGUAACCUUGGUAACAUAUCUUGGACACCAGAUGGCAACUGUAUUGUCAACACAGACCUGUAUUAACCAGUUUGGUGGCUCAAACAGCAACAGGCCACUGCAAUGGCAACUCUGACCUGAUCUAUCUUCGUUGUCCUGAACAGUUAACUGUAUUUUCAGAUAUCUAAUUGUUUCUAUCAUGUUUUCACAGUAUUUCUUUAAAUCUGCCCUAACCUGGCUUCUGAUGCACUGGGAUGUGGGUGUGUUAUACUUUGAGGGAACUGAUUGGAACUAAAUAUGAAUUAGUAGUUUUUUAACUGUUCAUAUUCAGUAAAUAUUGAACGCCAUUUGCUCACUGAACUAUAUUCAGUAACAAAUGCUUUAUUCAAAAGUACAACCUAAUAUUUUCUUUUGAAUGAAAACACUUAAAAAUCAAGUAAAAAAGUUAAGCAAAGCAAAGUUCAUAACAUUCUUCCAAAUGUAUAGCCCUUCUCAGAUGAGGGCGGUCGGGUAGCCUAGUGGUUAAAGCAUUCGCUCGUCACGCCGAAGACCCGGGUUCGAUUCCUGACAUGAAUACAAUGUGUGAAGCCCAUUUCAUACGUGAUAUUGCUGGAAUAUUGCUUAAAGAGGCAUAAACCCAUACUCACUCACUCACCCUUCUCAGAUGUACACGUGUAGGGUUGGCGUCCAGACAGUGUACUCUGUUCAUUGCGUGUACUUGCUCAUGCCUACCACUAAAAAUAUUCAUGAGAUCAAAACCAAACUUUGCUUAAUUUCUUUGAUAUUAUUGAAGGUUAUGUACAGUCAGUCCUUAACUUGCCACAUUGACAGUGCAUCAUGUUGCCAAUGCUACAGAAUCACUGAGGUCCUACCCUCUUAUGCUGUCAGGAUUGUACAAAGUCUUGCUUAAUUCUCUUCUCACUUUACAUUUGCUCACUGAACUAUAUUCUGGAUGUCUGUACAUACACAAGAAAGAUAUACAUUUUGUUAUCGUCACAUUUACUAUGAAAGUACAGUUACAAUCAAAACCUUUCCCAUUUGCAUGUGAGUGUUUUACAAAGAUGAGAAUAUAAUUAUUUGUACAUAUUGGUUCCGUGAGAUAUGUAUUUGUACCAUGUAUAACAGAGAGCAAUAAAACAGGCUCAAGACAAA